AUGAACAAGCGUCUCAACCGAAACCAUCUCCAGCAACUCCCUGAGCUCCUGUUCCUGAAAAAUCCCGCUCUCUCCAGACUGGACUUAAGUGAAAAUGCCAUCCAGAUGAUACCGAGAAGAGCAUUUAGAGGAGCCACGAACAUCAAGAACUUACAGCUGGAUAAGAAUCACAUCAGCUGCAUUGAGGACAGAGCGUUUCGUGCCAUGAGAGUCCUGGAGGUCCUCACACUGAACAACAAUAAUAUCAGCACCAUCCCCAUUUCCAGCUUCAACCACAUGCCCAAGUUACGUACCUUCCGGCUGCACUCUAACAGUCUGCGGUGUGACUGUCAUUUGUCGUGGUUGUCUCAGUGGCUCAGACAGAGACCAACGCUGGGACUUUACACACAGUGCAGUUCACCUCCCAACCUACAUGGCCUCAACCUGGCUGAAUUGCAGAAGAAAGACUUUAUAUGCUCUGGUGUUUUUGAUUCCGGUCCUCAGCCCUGUGGUCUUGCGUCUGGUUCCUGUCCGCCGAUGUGCUCCUGCACCAACAAUAUCGUGGACUGCAGAGGAAAAGGUCUGACGGCGAUUCCAGCCAACAUGCCUGAAGGCAUGACUGAGAUACGAUUGGAGCAGAACGGUAUAAAGUCUGUUCCUCCGGGAGCGUUCGCCUCCUACAAGAGACUGCGCAGAAUUGAUUUGAGUAAUAACCAAAUAUCUGAAAUUGCCCCCGAUGCGUUUCAAGGCCUGCGCUCACUCAACUCACUGGUUCUUUAUGGAAAUAAGAUUACAGAUCUGCCUCGAGGUGUUUUUGAUGGAUUGAUUGCAUUAGAGUUACUACUAUUAAAUGCCAAUAAAAUCCACUGUGUUCGCGUCAACGUCUUCCAGGACCUUGAGAACCUGUCUCUAUUGUCUCUGUACGACAAUAAGAUCCAGACUCUAGCCAAAGGCACAUUUACUCCACUGAAAUCCAUCCAGACUCUUCACUUAGCUCAGAACCCGUUCGUCUGUGAUUGUGGUUUGAAGUGGCUGGCGGACUUUUUGCGCUCCAACCCGAUUGAGACCAGCGGCGCACGAUGCUCCAGUCCUCGACGGCUCGCCAACAAACGCAUCAGUCAGAUCAAGAGCAAGAAGUUCCGCUGUUCGGCAGCCAAGGAACAGUACCACAUUCCAGGCACAGAAGACACGCGUUUGAAUAAGGACUGUAACAGCAAGCCUGUUUGUCCACCCAAAUGCCGCUGUGAAGCUACUGUGGUGGACUGCUCAAAUUUACGCCUAACCAAGUUCCCAGAGCACCUUCCGCUUUCUACAACUGAACUACGUCUCAAUAACAAUGACUUGUCCAUCCUGGAGGCAACAGGACUCUUUCGGUCCCUCACACAUCUCAAGAAAAUAAACCUUAGCAACAAUAAAAUCACUGAGAUUGAGGAUGGAGCUUUUGACGGUGCGUCAUCUGUGGUUGAACUUCACGUGACAGCCAACCACCUGGUGUCCAUACGUGGAGGAAUGUUCCGGGGAAUGGACAGAUUACGCAUGCUGAUGCUGAGGAAUAAUCGCGUCCGUUGCAUCCACAACAGCAGCUUCGCAGGCCUGCAGAACGUACGUCUGCUCUCGCUCUAUGACAACCAGCUUACCACCAUCAUGCCUGGAGCCUUCUACACGCUGCCAAACCUCUCCACCCUAAACCUUCUGGCAAACCCUUUUAACUGCGAUUGUCGUCUGUCCUGGUUGGGCGAGUGGCUGCGAUCUCGGCAGAUCGUGACGGGAAACCCUCGCUGUCAGAACCCAGCCUUCCUCAGAGAGAUCCCACUGCAGGACGUGGCAAAGCCGGACUUCCUCUGUGACAAGGCUCUGAUUGAAGACGACGUGAGUUGUGUCCCUAAGCCGGCGUGUCCUGAGCAGUGCACGUGUCUGGAUACCGUGGUGCGCUGCAGCAACAAGCACCUGUUGGCUUUACCCCGCGGCGUCCCACACAAUGUCACUGAACUAUACCUGGAUGGGAAUCUGUUUGUUGCGGUGCCUAAAGAGCUCUCAGCAUUCAAACAGCUGCAGCUGGUUGACUUGAGCAACAAUAAAAUCAGUUUCUUGUCCAACUCAUCUUUUGCCAACAUGAGUCAACUCAAAGUUGCUUUUAUCUUAAGUUAUAAUGCGCUGCGCUGUAUUCCUCCUCUGGUGAAAAGUAUUGUCAAACAAAUACUCGUCAUGUCGGUUACCUCAUUUGCGUCUCAUAUGAUCAUCCGUAUGGGUUUUCUGCCUUCAUCAAGGGCGAUCGGCGCAAACCCGCUGUACUGUGACUGUCGCCUGCGCUGGCUCUGUGACUGGGUGAAAAGCGGCUACAAGGAGCCCGGUAUCGCCCGCUGCGCCGGGCCGCAGGGUGUGGAGGGAAAACUGCUGCUCACAACGCCAGGCAAUACCUUCCAGUGCACAGGUCCUGUGGAUCCGUCCGUGUCUGAGAAAUGCAGCCCGUGUUCGUCGAACCCCUGCCAGAAUCAAGGCCUGUGCCACAGCGACCCAGUACACCAGUACAAGUGCAGCUGUCCGCAGGGUCACAAGGGGAGGAACUGUGAGGUUUCUGUCAGCGCUUGUGAAGGCAAUCCAUGUGUGAACGGAGGAACCUGUCACAACGACGAGGCUAGAAAAGGCUUCAGCUGCUGGUGUCCUGUGGGCUUCGCCGGUCAGUUCUGUGAGGUGGAUGUUGAUGAUUGUGUGGAGAACGAGUGUGAGAAUGGCACCAUCUGUGUGGAUGGAGUGGGAAACUACAGCUGUGUCUGUCCGCACCCCUUCUCAGGCCAGAAGUGUGAAGAGUACGAGGAGGAUCUGUGUUAUCCGGGUCAGAAUCCCUGUCAUCACGGAUCCACCUGCAUACCCACCGUCACGGGACCCAAAUGCAUCUGUCCGCCGGGGUUUGUGGGUGACGACUGCAGUGUAGAUUAUAAUGAAUGUGAGGGACAUUACUGUCAGAACGGAGCGCGCUGUGUGGAUCAUGUGGCGGGAUACACAUGCGUCUGUCCUCAGGGCUACAGCGGUCGGCUGUGUGAAGCUCCGGCGGCCUGUGAGUCGUUGCUCUGCGAGAACAGCGCCCCCUGUGUCGAGACUGGAGGUACUGCAGCCUGCCAGUGUCUACCGGGGUUCGGGGGGCCGCACUGUGAAAAGCUCCUCAGCGUCAACUUCAUCGACAGAGACUCUUACCUGCUGCUCAACGACGUCAAAAACUGGCCGCAGACCAACAUCACGCUUCAGGUCUCCACAGCUGAAGAAAAUGGGAUUCUUCUCUACAACGGCGUCAGUUACCACAUGGCUGUAGAGUUACACGACGGCCGUGUCAAAGUGACCUACGACGCAGGGAAUCAGCCGGGAAGCACCAUUUACAGUUCUGAAACAGUGAACGAUGGACGCUUUCAUACCGUCGAGCUGGUGACUUAUGACCGGAUGGUCAACCUUUCAGUGGACGGAGGGCUUCCUACGACUCUGGACAGCUCGGGACAAGUCCAGCCCCUCACCAGAGAUGCCCCACUAUACGUCGGGGGUAUGCCUGAAAACGCCCAGUCGCUGUCUUUCAACCAGUGGCCGCCUCUCAACGGAUCCAGUUUUCAGGGCUGCAUACGAAACCUCUACAUCAAUAACGAGCUGCAGGACUUCAGGCGCACGCAGAUGAAGCCGGGAGUGGUGCCGGGCUGCCGGGCCUGUCAGGAGCUGCGCUGUGAGAACGGACUGUGUCAGCCGGACCCCGCCGCCGGGCCUGUGUGCCGCUGUCAGCCGGGAUGGGCCGGCAAACACUGCGAUCAGGCCCUGCUGGCAGCCGCUACCAACCCCUGCCAGAAAAACAAGUGUGUUCACGGCACCUGUGUCCCAGUCGACCUGCAGUUGUAUCGCUGCGAGUGUGCGGACGGUUUCCAGGGGCCCCUGUGCGCUCAAGAGGACGUGUCCUCGGGCCCCUGUGUGGCGCUGUCAUGCCAGCACGGCUUCUGCGAGGUAUCACCGACGGGACAGGCGCAGUGCGUUUGUGACAGCGGCUAUAGCGGCCAGUUAUGCGACACAGUGGCUCCGUGUCAGGGCGAGUCUGUACGGGACUUCCAUGGCGUGCGACGCGGCGAGGUCCAGUGUCGCAGCACGCAGCCGCUGUCCUGGGUGGAGUGUCGCGGCGGCUGCAGGCCGGAUUCGGGCUUCUGCUGCGGCGGCACCAGGGUGCGACGCAGACGCUACAGCUUCGAGUGCGACGACGGCAGUUCAUUCACGCAGGACGUCGAAAAGACGGUCGAAUGCGGCUGUGGAAAGUGUGUGUAGUCGUCAGAGACCACAGAAGACAUUAAAAGAGAAAAUAGUGUGCAUUUGUAUCUGUGGACCGUAACAUCUGUGAGGUAGCUUGAAGAACUAUUUAAGAAAAGAUAACCCUUGCAUGUGAAUGAUGAAAUAUGGGUAUUUUGUGCUGUCAGAUGAGGAAUUAUUAAUGUUGAGAGUUAAAAUCUAACAAUUGGAUCAUAGAUUUAAGAGUACAGUUUAACGGG